GCAAAUAUUACCUUCUAAGCCCCUUUUCUUUCUCUUUAAACAACAAAAAAAAAAAACAAAGAAAAUCAUGAAGAAGAUCAAUUUGAUACUAAGGAAGUGCAAGAGCUUGUCAAGGCAACUUGGAAGAUCUUCAUCCUAUAGCAGCCUAAGGUCCAAAUCCACUAGAGAAGAUGUUUGGGUUGACAAGCAUGAAGAUGAAGAAGAGCUUGAAACUAUAUUCGUUGGAAGCACAAGAAAGCGAUAUGUGAUAAGCUCCAAGUACUUGAGCCAUCCUCUAGUUAAAGCUCUUCUCGAAAAGUCUAAGGACAAGCAUGGAGAGGAGGUUUUGGUGAUGAAAUGUGAGGUAGUUCUCUUUGACCACCUCUUGUGGAUGCUUGAAAAUGCUGAUCAUAAUAAUCUCAGCUUGGAUUCCUUGGAGGAAUUGGCUGAUCUCUAUGUUUUCUGAAAUGAAAACUCUUUUAUAAUUAAGCAAAAUAUUGCAGGAGGUUAUUGGUCUAGUCAUCAAGGGACAUGAUCAUUUCAAUUCUGUAUUCAUGUAAGGUAGUGAAUUAUAGACCAUAUUGAUUUCUUUAUGUUAAUAAUUCUCUUCUCUAACUCCAUAUUGAGUUUGUUGGAUCAAGUGCAGUCUAUGGUAAAGACCAUGAUUCAGUUACUUUGUAUACGUAUUCAUGGGGUUUUAUCUUGAUCCUCAAGCGUCAGUAAAUUUCCUCAAGCGUUUAUAUUUGCA